CUAUGGCGUAAAUAGAAACACGCUGCCGCGGCACGUGCAAAGACCGGCAGAGUGGGAAUUGGAAGUGCACUUUCUGGAAGUCCCUGCCGUAUGGGAACGCGUGGGAAUGACCAGUCCGUGCUGCACCUGUGCGCGCUCCGAGGCGACUGGUCCGAUAUCCAGCCUGGGUUGCUGGAGUCAGGGGCACUGGAGGUGCAGGAUAGGCUGGGGCGGACUCCGCUCUUCCUCUGUGUCAUGCUGGGUGACAGCCAGGGGGCGCAGCUGCUGCUUCGUGCUGGUGCCAGGUCUGACCACGGCGACCAUGCGGGCCAGACGCCUCUGCACUUGGCCGCACGCAAGGGCCACCGGAGCCUGGUGCGCCUGCUGCUGGCUGCAGGUGCACCUUGGGCGAGGGGGGAUGUGCAUGGAUGCACUCCUCUGCACUGUGUGGCAGCAGCGGCAGCCAGCUGGCCUGCACAGUUGGCACGAAGCAUCCUAGGCAUGGUGCUCGACUGCAUGGAUGUCAGCCAAGUGGACCUGCAGGACAAGCUGAAGCAAACAGCACUACACAAGAGCGCCCUUGCCUGUCACUUGGAGAACAUGUUGGCGCUGCUCAAGAAGGGGGCGAAUGCGUUGAUGCAAGACGUGGAUGGUCGCACUGCCCUUCACCUGUGCGCGGCCUCUUCUCAGCUGGCUGCAUUGGGAUGUACCUCUCUGCUCCUGGAUGCUGAGCCGCCCUUAAUAAGCUGGCAAGAUUACCAAGGUUGCACUCCUCUUCACCUUGCUGUGGCAUCAGGUACCCUGGCUGUUAUAGAUUUGCUGACUCAACGAAGCAGUGGUGAGGUGAAUGCACUUGAUGACCUCUUCCGGACACCACUGCAUUGGGCGGCGAUUUUAGGGCGUCUAGAAGUGUGCGAGCUGCUCCUUGAGAGGUCUGCAGACGGGUCCCUGACCGACCGGGCAGGGGCAACACCCUUGCACUACGCCUGCUCCUCCUCCUCCGAGCGCGCGGGCUUGCUGGUUGCACUGCUGUUGUCACAUAACCACGGGGCCGAGAAUAUGGACGUGGCCUUGCAGAGCGCUGGCCUUUCUGGCAACAUGGCAGCGCUGCGUGCCCUAAGUUGCUAUGAAAUGCACCCAGAAGCUGUAGCGGCAGCGCUGCAAGCGGCGGCUGGCAGAGGCAACCUCGAGGUGCUCCAGUGGCUGCUGGAUCACGGCGGCGCCCCCGAGUCGUCGCCGAGCCCCUUGAUGGCGGCCGCUCGCGGUGGGCACAUUAGCUGCGUGAUCGCCCUGCUGGAUUUCGGCGCUCACGGCGUCGACGCGGGUGGCCGGAAUGCCUUGCACUGGGCUGUCGUCGGUGAACAGGCAUCGAUUUGCGAGCUGCUGAUACAGCGUGGAUGCCGUGUUGAUGCAGCUGACAUCCAGGAACGUACAGCACUGCACUAUGCCGCUAGCCGGGGCUCGACCGAUUGCACGAGGGUCUUGCUUCAAUCGCACGCCGACCCAAACCUCACUGAUGCACAGGGUCGGACGGCGUUGCAUUGGGCAGCGCGUUGCGGCAGUUUGGCCGUGGCCGAGCUGCUGUGUGCCAGUGGAGCCCUGCUGUCUGUGCCAGACCUUACUCAUCACAGGAGGACAGCCCUGGACGAAGCUUCGAUCAGGCACGAGGAGCUCUGCCGGUGGCUGCGCGCACGAGGCGCCGUGGGGGCACACGAGGUGCGCCGAGCUGCGGCCGUCGCCAUUCAGGAUCUGCUCGUGUGGACAUCGGACCAAACAAAGGAACCGCGGCAUUCAUCAUUCAGUCAGCAUGGCGAAGCACCCUGCCAUCUGGUUCAUUGGUCCGCUGUUCCCGGUUCCUCAGGACUCCCUGGGUCGAAGGCUCGCUCUUCUUCGCUACUCCCAGUUCCUCAAGACUACUUUGGACGAAGGCUCUUUCGUCUUCGCUGUUCCAAGGUCCUUGGACGAAGGCUCUUUUUCGCUGUUCCGGGUUCCUCAGUAUUUCUCUCGACGAAGGUUCAUCCGUAUCGCUGCCACCAGUUGUUGCUUUUGGAGGCGAUCCUACCGCUGCCACCAGUUGUCGGCUAUGCGGUGGCGGGUGACCGGAGCGAUGGCGGGCACAGACGAACAAGCCUGGGGCCGGGCUCUCUCCCACUUGCAGCUGCUGCUCACCGACAUGUCGCCAAUUCCCCGAUGGUCUCCUAAAGAGGGAAACACUCCAACGUUUCGUUAAUUACUUUUGUUUCAUCGUAGAAAGACUAUGAAGCCCUGUUGCAUGUCCACAGUGCAAGGGUAACUGCGCUUGGGAUGUUUAUAACAUGUACCACUUCAUGUGUAUAGAAUAAAA